AUGACUUCAAGAUCUCCAAUCUCACUUGCAAGUUUAAUGAACGACCCUACACCUCCUCCUCAGCCACAUCCACAAUCACAACAACAAUCACAGUCACAACCUCGUUCACAAUAUCCCACAACAACCACACACAAUUCAAUGCAGCAACAGCCUUUAGAACCAUCACCACAACAAUCAGAAGCUAAAAAGACUUUAUUGUCUACUUCAUCCCCAGAAGGUAUUCAGGUUGCAUCCAAAAUUACCCCAACACGUUUGGCCAAUCUACUCAUACGCAAAGGGCCAUUGCCAAUACGUCAUAUCACUUCGCAGUUGGCGUUAGAAGUACCAUCGUUUGAGUUAUUAUCGUUAUCGAAGCAACGUAGAUUAAUUAUGGCAGCCAUGGAGCAAACCGAUACUGUGAAUAAUGUUGUAUUUGAAAAGAUUGGUUGGGGACAAUGGGCGGUUCGGAAGAUAGAUUCUGAUUAUAUUGUAACUGAAGGAACCGAGAAAUCAUCUAACUCCAAUACUUCUGGUGGUAGUGGUGGUGGAUCAGCUAACGAGAAAUUAAUAAAUGUCAAUGAUUUGAGAAAUCAACUGAAUUUGAAAUUAGGUUGGUCAAAAAAGAAAAAACUGGCCAGUACCGGUGUUGGUUCUGGGUUGAAUUCUCGCAGAGAGUCCAUAACUAAUCAUGUAAAAUCAUUACACAAUAUCAAAUUGCCAAAUGAGAGUAUCGACAAUGCUAUUGCUUCGGAGUCAAGCGACGAAGAUGAUGAUGAUGACCAAGAGGAAAUAGAUGAUUAUGCUUUAUCUGAUACCGAAUCUUCCGACGAAGAAAUGUUUGCCUUUGAUGAGAAAAAUAGAGCCAGCUCAAAUGUAAACAACCCAAUAACUGCUAUAUCAGAACAUACUGUUAGUGGUACCCCACCUAUUAAGUUUGCCCGAAGAGUUCCAAUAAAGAUCAGUCCACCACCAGAAGCUGGAGCAAUCAACAAUGGAAGUUCUGCUAGUCGAAGAAGAAAAUCAUCUUCAUCAGUAUCCAAUUCAAUUACUAAACCUUACAGGCAACAUUUGUUCAACACUAGAUCAAGACUAAACUCAAUAGAGAAUUUAGAUAACUACAUUGUUUCGUCAGCGAAAAACUCAAGUGUUCUGAUUAGCUCCCCACCUCCGCCAAUUUCAUUCAGUUCAUCACCGGCCACAUCCGUAGCCUAUGAAGAGCAUUACAAUUUGAAUCAACAACAACUGCUGCUGUUUCAACAAAAAUUACAACAGCAACAACAGCAACAAAAAAAUCAAAGGAGAAAAUCUUCAUUCAAUGAAUCACAUGUUAGAUCGACAUUAUCCAAUGUGAAAACAAGUUCUGACGAUACUGAUGAAGAGGAUUGGGCCGCUAUGGGACCUGAAUCUCUUCGUAACAAUCGGAAAAACAGUAUACCUGCUGCCUUAAGAAAUGAUAUUGAUUCCAGUGGUGUUGAUGAAGAAGAAAAAUCUGCUGCCUUUGCAUUAGUUGAUCUAAUGUCAGUAUAA